GUGGAGAACGUGCCGGACAGUUACCUUUCUGUUUCGAGACCGCGAGGAUCUACCUUCUCCGGGAUCAAGGAUUACUCUCGAUCCUGUCCCUUCGACUAAGUGAAUCUCGCCCUCCGAUCUACCGACCGGCGAUCGUCCCCGAGGCUCGCCGUUCCACGAGAAUCGAUUCGAAAAUCGCCGCGAGCGUAACCGAUCCGAGAAGGAUCUAGAGGGAUCCAGGGAGGCGAUCCAAGCAGGGACAAAAGGGCUCUCCUAGAUCGCGAUCGAGAGCGAACGGAUGGCGCUGAGUAUAGUUUUGGCGUGCGCCGCGAUGGCUGCAGCCGGGGUGGACGCCAUAGCGACGGCAUGGCGACCAUCGUUGCCGCAGCCGUCACCCAGCAUCCUCUAUCAGGACUACGAAUCGCCGCCGAGUCAGGUGCUGUUCGAAUUCGACGGCUCGCCGUUGCUGACGGAGGAGCGGGACAAAUGUGCCAUCUACAAGGUCACCAUGCGGCAACAAUUGUACUUCGAGUACAUUCACUACAAGACGGACCUGCCCGACAUGAAGGAGUUCACCCUAUGCAUGUGGACCAAGUUCUACAACCACACGAACGAUCAUCCGCUGUUCUCCUACGCAGUGGGUGACCAACCGCGGGGCAUCCUGGUCUGGGUGGCGAACACCGCGAGAAGCUCCUACUUCAUGAUGAACGUGGACGGGCACAACUUGUUCAGAUUGAAUUAUCCGCUGCGAUUGAACAAGUGGUAUCACUCCUGCCAAAGCUGGAACGGCCGGACCGGGGAGUGGCAGAUCUGGGUCAACGACGAGCGCGUGGGUCGCGGGUUCAACAACAGGUUGGUGGGUCACGUGAUCAAAGGGGGUGGAAUAGCGAUCACGGGACAAGAGCAGCGACAGCUGGGCGGCGGUUUCCUCGAGGGCGAGGGUGCGCCCAAAGGGUCUGGCGGUUAUCUCGGCGAGGUGACGAUGGUGCAAUUAUACGGGGUCGCGUUGACCGCCGGGAAGGCUCACAAGGACCACAAACACCAUCACGCCCACCACUACGAGCACGACACGACCAACAACACGCCGAGGCCGACACCACGUCCACCAGUGACCGGCCCACCCCUUCCGCAGAACCCCUUCCUAACUGCAGGACAAAUCAACACACAGGUGAAGAUCAACCCAGGUUCCCCGCUGCAGAUCGUCCAGGGCGGGGUCACCCUGCGGCACCCAGCCCUGGCCCCAAGGCAGCCACCUCCACAGCCGUUGCCCCCAAUUAAUUCGGAAGCCGUCAUGCCGACGGCGUACCCACUCCAGAUCACACAACUAUUCGGCAACCAGCAACUGUCCUCGGCUAACGGAAUCCCCGGGUCAGGGGUCAGUUUCGCCGACGGGUCCUAUCGCAAUCUGUUCAAACGCGAAGACGAAAUGUCCGUCAGUUCCGACGAAGAGCCGAAGGACGAGGGCCUGGAGGAGGAUGCUGGGGAGAUCAAGAAGAGAAAAAGAGACGCCGCUGAGGCCUCCGAGGGCGAGCACGUAGACGACAAGGUGACAUUCGUGUCGAAAGAAGACUCCGAGGAUAAGAAGCUAGAGAAGCGAGAGUCCGACAAGAAGAAGAGGGGACUGGUUCAGCUGGCCGAUGACCUGAUCGUAGACGACGGCUACAUCUCCCAGGGUCUGGACAACGAGUAUUUCUCCGGGCUGGCGAACUUCGGCCUGCAACUGCCCAAGUACGAGAACAAGGACGACGAGAGGGAGCCUGCGGAGGCCGAGGUGAAGAUGGUCAUGGACAUCUGCAGCGGGUGCGACGAGGAACCGUUCAGAAAAGCAUUGAUCAUGGCCUGGAGGUCCGUGCCGAAGAAACUGUACUCCGGCGCGCUCCACGUCCCCGCUGUGCCGGCUUGCAAGGCGUUCUAGACACCGAUCAGAGUCAUCAGGACCUGGUCCAGGGUUUCCGAGAAGAGUCUAACGAGUUCUGUGAUCGAACGCUGACCGCAGGAGUUCAGCGGGCCAUUGCAGAGACCGGUUAAGGCGCCAGUCUAGUACAUAUAUACACUCCAAGAUGAGUCUGCUGAGUCCAACAGCGAGGACUGAUAACCUCGAACCGACCGCGGAGAUCAACGCGUUGCGCUUCAACGACCAACAGCAAAUUGUAUUUAUUGUAGCGUAAGUGCGGACCACUGGUUGUAUCGUUGAGUGACAGUAUUACGCGGCUGACGAGAAUAAAUUCCUUUUGUAAACGA